CGCGAUGUGUUACUCACUGUUCAACUGGGACCGAGACAGGCAGGAGUCGCCGUUGGCGGCGGCAGUAGCACCAGUAGCAGUAGCAGAGGCAGCAACCCCGAGCCACGCCGAGGGAUUCGCAGCUCACCGAAACAGACCUGAACGCGGAGAGGCAGCGGCGGCAGUGACUGCAACCCCUGCAGCAGGACAAGUGCAGUCGCUUAACCUGGAGGACAGCCGAAGCAGUAAAGGCGGCUGCAGCCCAGAGACCGGGGCUAUCGUUUGUGCGUUUUAGGGCAGCCAGAUACACUGGAGAGAGAGGAGCCGCGGGAAGUUGGCAAAGGUGGGGGAGGGAGUGGACUGUGAUCUGUGCAUCUUCUAGCCGACCACCGAAGAUAACCGAUCAUCAGAGGGAAACCCGCUCGGCUCAUCUUCCGAUCCUUGCUUUUUUUUUUUUAAACCUUUGGGGAAAGAGACGCUUUCACUUGCGAGAGUGAAGGGAAGCCAUCCCUAACCUCCCAUCCCUAAAUCACUCCCCCUCCCCAAAUCACCCCUCCCUCUGCCCUCCCUUCCCCCUAUCCCUGUUGCCUUCGCGACUGGAUUGAGGUGGUAAGGACUGCACCCUCCCGGGAGGAUGGCCAGCCCGCCACUGAACGGGCUCCUGACCCCGGCGAAUUCCUCCAACGGAGGAGGAGGUGGCGGCGGUGGCGGCACCAACCUCAACAACAACAACAACAACAACAACCACAGCGUGCGGAAGUGCGGCUACCUGAGGAAGCAAAAACAUGGGCACAAACGCUUUUUCGUGCUUCGGGGCCCGGGGAGCGGUGGCGAAGAGCAGGGCGGUGGGGGAGCCGGGGGCCAGCCACCCCUGCCCGCGAGGCUGGAGUACUACGAGAAUGAGAAAAAGUGGAAGAACAAGUCGGGGGCCCCGAAAAGGGUGAUCGCCUUAGACUCUUGCCUCAACAUCAACAAGCGGGCGGACGCCAAGCACAAGUAUCUGAUCGCCCUCUACACCAAGGACGAGUACUUCGCCGUGGCAGCCGAAAAUGAGCAGGAGCAGGAGGGCUGGUACCGAGCGCUCACCGACCUGCUCAACGAGGGCAAAGCCGCCUACGACUCGAGCUCUCUCUACCCACACUGCCUGUCCGGCACCUCAUCGGCCAGCGCCUCGUCCUGCAGCGCCUCCCUGCCUGGUUCGGGCGGCAGUGGUUCCUUCGGGGCAGCGGCUGAGGAUCUCCACUAUGGACUGAUCACCCCAGCGAGCGCUGCGUACCGGGAGGUCUGGCAGGUGAACCUGAAACCCAAAGGACUGGGUCAGAGCAAGAAUCUGACUGGGGUGUAUCGGCUUUGCCUCUCCGCGCGCACUAUCGGUUUUGUAAAGCUCAACUGUGAGGUGCCGUCGGUCACCCUACAGCUGAUGAACAUCCGGCGCUGUGGCCACUCCGACAGCUUUUUCUUCAUCGAAGUGGGACGCUCUGCGUCCACUGGUCCUGGUGAGCUCUGGAUGCAGGCGGAUGACUCUGUGGUGGCCCAGAACAUCCAUGAAACCAUCCUGGAGGCCAUGAAAGCCCUGAAGGAGCUGUUCGAAUUCCGUCCCCGAAGCAAAAGCCAGUCCUCAGGCUCCUCAUCCACCCACCCCAUCAGCGUCCCGGGCACCCGGCGUCACCACCACCAUCAUCUGGUCAACCUGCCUCCCAGCCAGACUGGGCUCCUGCGUCGCUCCCGAACCGACAGCCUGGCCGCCACGCCUCCCACCACCGGUACCCCCAUUUCGACCCAGGCCUCUGGAGCUGGGAAGUGCAACUCCUGUCGGGUACGCACGGCCAGUGAGGGCGAUGGCAGCAGCAGCGGGGGUGCGGGAGGGGUGGGCUGCAGGCCAGUUUCAGUGGCUGGCAGCCCCAUGAGUCCCGGCCCGGUGAGGACUCCCCUAAGCAGGUCCCAUACUCUGAGCAGCAGCUGCAGCGCCUCCAUGCGACCUAAUAAGAUGAUGUUAGCUCCGGCUGGGGGCCCCCUUCAACACAGUCGAUCCAUGUCUAUGCCGGUAUCCCAUUCACCUCCGUCUGCCACCAGCCCUGGCAGCCUCUCCUCUAGCAGCGGGCAUGGCUCAGCUUCUUACUCCCUGCCUCAAGGACAACAUCCACAUCCACACCACCUUCACCACCACCAGGGCCAGCGGCCCUCUAGUGGCAGUGCUUCUGCUUCUGGCUCCCCCAGUGACCCAGGCUUCAUGUCCUUGGAUGAGUACGGCUCUAGCCCUGGGGACCUGCGGACCUUUUGCAGCAACCGAAGCAACACUCCUGAGUCCAUUGCCGAGACCCCACCAGCGAGAGAUGGCAGUGGGACUGAACUAUAUGGAUACAUGACCAUGGAAAGACCCCUAAGCCUAUGUGGCCGAACAUACCGAAGAGUGUCCGGGGAAGGGGCCCUAGACUUGGACAAAGGUCAUAGAAAGAGGACUUACUCCCUGACCACACCUGCACGACAACGUGCAGUGCCCCAAGUCUCCUCUGCCUCCCUUGAUGAAUAUACUCUGAUGAGGGCCAGUUUUGCCGGCAGCUCAAGCCGCCUUUACCCAGCCUCUUCUCCCAAAGUGACCUACAACCCAUACCCGGAGGAUUACGGGGACAUUGAGAUUGGCUCCCAUCGGAGCUCCAGCAGUAACCUUGGAGCAGAUGAUGGCUACAUGCCCAUGACUCCUGGAGUGGCCCCACUGGCAGGGGGCAGCAUUGGAAGCUGCAAAAGUGAUGACUACAUGCCCAUGAGUCCCACCAGUGUCUCUGCUCCCAAGCAAAUAUUGCAGCCACGGAUGGCAGCAGCCUCUUUGGCUACAGGUGCAGCAUCCCAAGCAGCCUCAUCAGCAACAAGUGGAAGAGGCUCCCCGAUGAAUGGUAGCAGCUACAAGACCAGUUCUCCAGCUGAAAGCUCUCCUGAGGACAGUGGGUACAUGAGGAUGUGGUGUGGUUCCAAGCUCUCAGUGGAGAGCUCUGAAGGCAAGCUACUUCCCAAUGGAGAUUACCUUAACAUGUCUCCUAGUGAUGCAGGAGCUUCUCUCACCCCACCUGACUUCUUCUAUGACUCAGUCCCAUUGCCUGGUGGUGGAGAACCACCUAAGGGGGUCCCAGGCUGCUGUUACAGCUCACUACCCCGUUCUUAUAAAACUCCCUGUCCUAGAAAUGGGGAUAGUGACCAGUAUGUAUUCAUGAAUUCUCCAGUGGGGAGGAGGAUUGUGGAAGAGGAGCAAGAGCAGCCAAGUCUGCAGCCACUGCCCAACACAACUACCCCCUGCACCCAGCCUACCAGGCCCUUUGUAUCUAAUGGGGGCAGCCACUCCCAACCUCACCACCUAGUGCCUUCAGCAGUUAGGCAGAGUGGCAGUAGCAGUGGCAACAGCAACCGUCCAGAGAGUUUCCUCAUCCAGCGUUGCAGAGCAGUCCGGCCCACUCGUCUGUCCCUAGAGGGGCUUAGAACCCUUCCUAGCAUGCAUGAGUAUCCACUGCCACCUGAGCCCAAAAGCCCAGGUGAAUACAUCAACAUUGACUUUAGUGAAUCUGGAGCCCACCUUUCACCACCUCCACCUCCCCUGCUAACUUCAGCAGCCUCAUCAUCAUCACUACUCUCAGCUAGCAGUCCAGCCUCUUCAAUGGGUUCAGGUACCCCUGGCACCAGUGGUGACAGCCGGAGGCGCUCUCCCCUCUCUGACUAUAUGAACCUUGGCUUUGGCUCACCCAAGUCACCCAAAUCUGGCACUGAGGGUGGUGGCUCUGUGGGCUCUUUGGAUGCCUUGAUGUCCCCUGAGGCUUCCUCACCCUGCCCACCACUGCCAACACCACCUGCCUCCUCUACUUCCUCCUCACAGCAGCAGCAACUACCACCUCCACCACCAGGAGAGCUAUACCGCCUGCCUCCAGCUUCUUCUACCUGCCACCCAACCCCUGUCUCUGCCUCCUCCCCUUCUUCUCCCCCUGAGACAGAGGAUAGUGGUGACUACACCGAGAUGGCCUUCGGCAUAGCCGCCACUCCACCACAGCCCAUUGCAGCACCUCCGAAGCCAGAAAGUGCCCGAGUGACCAGCCCUACAUCUGGUGUGAAACGACUGAGUUUGAUGGAGCAGGUGUCUGGUGUAGAGGCCUUUCUCCUGGCCAGCCCACCCCCAGAUCCACACCGGGGUGCCAAGGUCAUCCGUGCUGACCCACAGGGGGGCCGCAGACGCCACAGCUCGGAAACCUUCUCCUCGACCACUACUGUGACCCCUGUGUCCCCAUCCUUCGCACACAAUCCUAAGCGCCACAAUUCGGCCUCUGUGGAAAAUGUCUCUCUCAGGAAAAGUGGCGAAGGGCCCAGUGGCAAUGGUGGUGAGAGUCUUGGAGGAGGUGAGGAAGAGCCAUCUACAUCUCCUCACCCUCGGCAACCAUCACUCCCUCUGCCACCUCAGUCUCAGCAGCUGAGGUGGACACAAAACCAACAUGGAGCAUUAGUUGGUUGCCCUGGGAGCAGUGGCUCUCCUAUGUGUCGGGAGACAUCAGCAGGCUUCCAGAAUGGUCUCAACUACAUCGCCAUUGAUGUUAGAGAUGAAGCUGGCCUAUUGUUACAGCAGCAGCAGCAGUCUGGAGACAAGAAUUCCUGGGCCCUGACCCGUGGCCUCAGUGGCCUCAUCAAUGGUGGAAGUGGCAGCAGCACAGGUGGUUGUGUGGGGCCAGGCUCUGGACCCUUGCCCACAACCAACACCUAUGCUAGCAUUGACUUCAUGACCCAUCACCUGAAGGAGGCUACAGCUGUGAAAGAGUGAAAAAUCUGGCUAGAUCACCAUGACCUCAUACACCGGAGUAUAACGUUAACAACAGAAGCUGCUCAGCAUUUGUUAUUUCUUAAUCUGAAGCUGCUUAUGGUUUACUUUUCUUUUCUGAUCUGGGCAGUGCUUAACUUUUGAGAUGAUAAUGGACUACAUUGGACAAGGAGUCAUCAAAGAAAGGAAAACGACCUGCCUCACUUGUUUCCUGUUUUUUGGCAUCUAUCAUCAUGCUGCUGUUUGAGAAAGUUAAUUGAAGAAGCUACUCUAUAAAAAUCUGGACCUUUUUAGCUGGCCACCUAAGGGUUGGCCAAUGCCUUCAUUUCCUUCUUUCUUUCCUCCUUUUUUUCCCCCUUUUCUCGCCCCUCCCUACCCUUAUAAAGACAAACUGUAUUUAUCCCUUAGCAUGCUAGGAGAUUCUGUUAGCCCCCACUGAAGCAGUAAAAUCUGGUAUUUACUGGUAUACUCUCAAAACUACCAUAGUCCUACCUCAGUUCAAAGUAAAACCGGAUUUGUAUUGUUGGGGUAUGGCAGGACCUCCUUUCUAUUUCUAUGCUGAAUGUUUCUGAAGAAUGGUCAUCAGCCUUAUUGAACUUACUCAAGUGUAUACAUACAGCAGCUUGCUGGAUCUCAGUUUCACUAGCUGUAGGGUUCCUUUAGAGACAGAAAGCUCACAAUGGAACUGAACCGUCUCAGUAAAUGAACAUUUUAUGUUUGGACUUUGAAGAUGGAUGCAGAAUAGUUCUAAUGUGUAACUAAAGCAACCUAAGUUAAAAUUCAUAAAACUCUAUAGGGGUUGAAGUGGGGGUGGGUGGGGAAAGGGGGGCUGGGAAGGGGCUUGGGGAGGGAAUGAGUAUCUCUUUUUUAUUUGACAGACUUGUUUAAUCCUCUCUAUGUAGAUGUUUAUGUAGGUACUUCGAAUUGCAAAAGCCUUUUAUCUUCUUUACAAGCUCAAAUUUCUCUGCUACCCCUAAUAUUGAGCUUGCAUUUCUUAUAACCAAAAAUCCACAUAGGCAUGCUAGCAAUGCAAGGGUGGUCAUGGGUGUUUGGCAGAUAAAAAUAUUAUCUUUAAUGUAACGCUAUCAUGGCGGCCAAUAUGGCUGCUUUGUACAAAAAGAAAAAUGAGGCAUUCCAGCCACAGACGUUAAGGGAAAAAGAAGGAAACACUGCAGUACUUGUCACUUGUCUCAAAGUCUUGACAAGGCUACCCAUGUUUUAUGUUUUCAGUGUUCUGAAAAUAACAGUAUUGUGGCAAAUAUCACAGAUGUCACGUAGAACUGCUGACUCAGACCAGCAGAAUCUUAUGUCAUCUUGCUGCUCCUUUGAGAAAUUCGAUUGGAGAGGUGGCAUACCUUUUUCUCCAUGGGUACAGCCCCAGUGUCUGCCUUCUGAUGGUCACGUAUGUAUUACACAAAGUCAGUGUAGAUGUGAAACUUUUGAGAAGUUUCAUGCUAUGGGAAAAAAAUAAAUACAUAUGAUUACAUCAUUGUGAAAAAAUGCAUUAAUCCAAUGAGGUUUAUUUGAGGAAGACCAAAAAAUUAAAUGUCUUACAAAUCCAGUUAACGGCAAUGCAAAAGUCUUCCUGCUUCCAUGCUGAACUUUUAGAACAGAGGAUUGUAUUACAAGACAAAGAUGAAUGUAAAGUAAUCCCCCGAACAUUUUUAACGUUUUAAUUUUCUGGGAUUUCACAAUGCAGCACUGCAUAGGCCAUACAAUACUAGUUUGAAGGUCAAUUUCAAUGUAUAAUAUGCUUUAUUAAAAGGGUAUAAAAUGUUCUAAAAUUUUUAUUUAGUUUCGGAAAUAAGAUGAUGGGUGAUAUUUGCUAUGUAAUUCCCCAACUAAAAUAGCACUGAAUGUGGAACCUGCUGAACACAAUAGUGUCUUGACUUAUAUUUUGAAGUAGUCCUCUGUACUUAACAGUAAAGUCAUGCCACUAUAGGAAAUGGUUCAUAUUCACACUGCAACUUUAAAAACAAAAAAACAAAAAAAAAGUUGACAAUGUACUAAAAAUUCCUCUAUCCUGUACAUUUCACAAAAGGCAUAUGCAAUAUUUACAUUUUAAUUUAGUUUACAGAAUGGAACCAAAAUGUAUAAAUGUUAUGUUUGCUAAAACUUCACAAUGUAUAUUGGGUCUUUGUACAUUUUGCCUGACUUACCUUAAAUUUAAACUAUUUUUUGCUAUAUAAACUUUAACAGUUAUUAAACAGUGUUUUCUUUUUGGGUACGUAUCGUUUCUGGAUAUCAAGAUGUUAAAUAUAUUUCUUGCUAUUGUGAUAUGACAAGAGACUUAACUUAUCUUGCUCUGUCUUCCAAUGUACACGCUGUAUAUAAGGAUAAAUGUGAUGCUGCUGGAGACAAGAAUUAAUGGAACUAGAAUAGUGCAUUGUAUUUAGUCUGUAUUGAUCAUGGAUGCUCUCCUUAAUAGCCAUAUGCAAUAAAAUAAAAUGCAUUAUUUAUGAAAUGAAGUCUUGAGGACCUGCUUUCUAUAGGGUUUCUGAGUUGUGAUAUAAAACCACUUUACUCUUGCUCUUUUUAGGUAAAUGAAUAAAUAUUAACAUUCUGAAAAUAUUGCAUGCUUUUCCUAUUUUAAUUCUAAUGAGAUUCAAAAAUAGUCUUUCUUAAACAUUUUCUCCAAAAUUGCCACAAAAUUAAAUUUGUAUAAAAUCAGAAGUGCCCCCUAAAAUUUUUUCCUAAAAAAUUAGGGAAACUAAUUCCAAAAAGUAGAUGCAACUUCAGAGAAAACAUCAAAUAAUGUUUUUUGACUGGUCAAAGUCAGAUGGAGACUAAUGAAAAUCAUGCUGCCUUGUUAAAUAGAAAUAUUUAGCAAUGAUUUAUAAAAAACAAAGGCCUUUAGAUUUUUAUUCUUGUCCCCUUUUCACUUUAAUUAAAGUCAUUUGACCAGAGCAUCUGCAAACCAUGAAACUAUUGUGGCUGCCACUAGUUUAUAAAAGGUACAAUAAAAUGAGAGGAUGAAAAAUCCUUGAAAAUUUCAAAAGACAUUUUUUAAAAAAGAUUACCUGGAACUGGUCAUAUUGAAGCAUUUGGGAAAUUGGCAAAUAGCUUCUCUGGGUCACUUAGACAUUGUUUACCUGCUCAUUGGUUAUACUAACUGCCCCGUGAUUGAUAAUUGUUGGUCAAACUGAUCACUAGUCAAAUCUACAUCGAUUGAUUUGACCUCAAGUCACAGUCAAAAUGGUUCUUAAAAUCAUUCCAUGCAGAAGGAUAAUCUUGACUUGUCAUUUUUAAGAACUCAUGCAGGACAGGAAAGGGUCAUGUAGCAUUAACCUGUAAGAAGGGACAAAAAAAAUGACUAGAUAAAUAAUGAAAGAGUUAAUCCAGAUACUCGUUAAGAUAUUGGAACUAUUCAUUUAAAAAUCAAUUUGAAAAUCCUUAGGAAAUCUCAGAAUGCUGGACUGUAAUUCACAGGGAUCAGGAAAGAACCAAUUCAGUUAGGUUAUCUAUUAUAUCAAUUUUAAUAUAUUUUUUAUUCUGACCCGGGUGAUGGGCUCAUCAAUCAACUAAGGAGACCAGUCUAGGGUGGUCCACUAUUUUUAGGAAGGCAAUGAUUGCACUAAAGAGUAUAAUAACUCAGAGUCAACUUGAGAGAAACAUAGCUAGUGGUCCCCAGAAGGGUCAUUCUUGGUUCUAAUAUUAUUUAAUAUCUUUAGCAUUGAUGUGGGUGAUGGGCUAGGCAGGAUACUCAUUGAUUCCAUGAAAAAAACAUGAGUUGAACAGGCUUGCUUACAAUAUCACAGUAAAAAGAAAAAAAUAAACAACAACAAAAAACAAACAAACAACAACAUCAAAAACGCUAGGACUAGGAGUUCUAGUUCAGAGCUGACACCUUGGUUCUGGUGCCAGUUCUGUGAGCAAACUACAUACCUAGCUGUGUGGUCUUAGUUAAGUCCUUUAGAAUGUAAGCUCUUUGAGGGCAAGGACUGUUUUGUUUUUUGUCUUUGUAUGCCCAAAUCCUAGCACAGUGUCUUGUACCUAGUAGCCACUAAAUAAAUGUUUGUUGAAUUGAUGUCACUUCA